CAAUGUAGUGGUAUUCUUUGUGGAUAUUACAACAGGUUUGUGUGGAGGGAUGGUGCACAAAAUGGGGGAUUAUAUCGUCGAUAGUGAUUCUGGAAAAACUACGUCGGUGGACGAGUUGUGGAGGUUACUACAAGACAAGGAGAAAACGGUAUUUCUCCAAGCGGAGAAAAUAGAACGAUUAGAAGAGGAGCUUGUCAGUUUAAAAGGGGAGAGAGAUAGCUUGCUGAAAAAGGUGGCAACGUUCACUUUAAACACACCACAAAUCAGUGUCACAACUUCAAGGAAUGGAGAUGACCUCCUGAGACAGAAAUCCCGGUCAAGGUCAGUUGGUGGAUCACCACUGGAGUCACCAAGGACCAGCAAGCUUGUGAACCAGGGAGGUAGCCUCACGCAGGGCAACCGUUGUCAACGGCAACGCUCACUGCGGAGAACAGAAGAUGAGGUGAAAAAGUCCAGGUCACAGUCCGUAGCAUAUGAACUGUCACAAGACCUGCAAGAGAAACAAGUUGAAAUGCUAGAAAGGAAAUACGGAGGGUCUAUAAGAUCUCGGCGUGCUGCAAAAACAAUCCAGAGGGCUUUCAGGCAAUAUUGUAUGAAUAGAAACUUUGAGAAACUAAGGAUAGCAGUAGGUGAAAGAAGGUUAUCGAAACGUCUCUCAGAAUUAGGUCGCAGUAACACAAUAUGGACAGACAGAAUUAGUGCUGAUAGUCACUAUAACAGUAGUAUGGGUGCUACCCUGAUCCAAAGUAAUGGAGAUGUGCAGAGACACACAGACACUAGCCAGGAAAUGGGGGGGAAGUACGUAUCAGGGUAUGAUAUGAAUUUAUACAGAGAACAUCCGAGAAUGAAACCUCAAAUGUCUCUUGAUCCAAAUAUGAAACUUGAUCCAAAUCGGAUGAAACUACCCCGAAAAGAUAGGAAACGAUUGGAGAGGUGUACGGAGGUCAUAGAUCAGCCUGAUAUACCGCAAGAGGAAAAAUCACAUCUCAACGAUGAAACAAACAAUAAUAGGAAUUCUUAUCCAGAGAUGAACGACAGUAGUAAUAGUGAGUCUCCACAGAAUUCAGUUGACCUACAUAGUUUCCACUUUGAAACUCUGCUCGAAAGUAAGGAGACAGACGGUUUAGUAGAGAGUUUUCAAAGUGAUAGUGCAAUUCACAGUGUCCACAGUGAGCCAAUGUUACAUCCAGAUUUAGCAUCAAAUUUAGGAAUUUCUCAAAAACCUUCCACCUCAUCUUUGUACUCCAACACAAGUACAGACACUUACGAUAGUGCUAAAAGUCGUAGUGCUUCUUACGAAAAUUUUCGAACCAAUUAUUCAGACUCAGGGUCACUUGGUAGUCAAGGUGACAUACAGAUUAAAGUAGAACAAUUAUCUCCGGAUGGGAUUCGAACCCAGGAACAAAAACAAAUGGCGGACCAGACAUUAAAGUAUUAUAUGAACCAAGAAGUGAAAAUGCGUGGUAAAACUGAGGGAAGUGCUAAAAAACCACCUCUGGUGCCUGUACGGGCUCCUGAAGCAUCUCCGAUAUGGAAACGGAAAAGUGCUGCCAAUGGGGGACCUGGUGCUGUGACACCGACACAAAAGACACUGGAACCAAAACGCAUGAGUAACAUAUCAGAAAUGAGUGAAGCUGAUUCCCUAGAUGGACGAUGUUCUAGUUCGCCAAGUUCAGAAAACAUGAGUCUAGCUGGUGACAGUAGUAUAGGGUAUCAGAAACGACUUAGACUAAGCAUGACACCCGAUCAUCAACAUAUGAUGCCCAAGACGGCAGACAAACACCGAAAACGAACCUACAGGAUCGGAUUAAAUCUCUUCAACAAAAAACCUGAGAAAGGUAUUCGUUUCCUGUGUGAAUAUGGUUUCAUUGACGAGUCUCCACAUGUCGUGGCAAGGUUUCUUAUCACAAGGAAAGGACUCAGUAAACAGAUGAUUGGUGAAUACCUCGGUAACCUUCAGAAUGAGUUCAACAUGGAAGUCCUUCAUUACUUUGCUCAAGAGAUUGAUCUAGCUGGGCUCCAGGUGGAUAUGGCUCUGAGGAAAUUCCAGUCCUGCUUCAGGAUGCCUGGAGAGGCUCAGAAAAUUGAAAGACUUAUGGAGGCUUUUGCAUCAAGAUAUUGCUUCUGUAAUCCUGAUCAAGUGAAGAACUUUAAAAACCUAGAUGUUGUGUUCCUUCUUGCCUUUGCCAUCAUCAUGCUCAACACCGACCUGCACAACUCCAAUAUUAAGGCAGAGCGCAGGAUGAAGCUAGAAGACUUCAUAAAAAAUUUACGAGGUAUAGAUGAUGGAGAUGAUGUAGAUCGUGAUAUGUUGGUGGGUAUUUAUGAGAGGAUAAGUGUGUCUGAGUUACGUCCAGGUGUUGAUCAUGUUACCCAGGUGAUGAAAGUGGAGCAGACCAUUGUUGGCAAGAAACCUCAACUUGCGCUAUCCCAUCGGCGACUUGUGUGUUACUGUAGACUGUAUGAAGUUCAUGAUCCACAGAAGAAAGAGAAGAUUGGCCUGCAUCAGAGGGAGGUGUUUCUCUUCAAUGAUAUCAUCUUUGUAACAAAAAUCUUCAGCAAGAAGAAGACAGGUAUUACAUAUGCCUUUAAGCAGUCUUUUUCUCUAUGUGGUAUGCAAGUAUUCCUGUUUGAGACAGCACAUUAUCAAUAUGGUGUCCGCUUGAACAACAGCCUUGAUGGGAAAGUACUAAUCACAUUCAAUGCAAGGAACGACCAUGACCGGCAAAAGUUUGUGGAAGACCUUAAGGAAGCCAUCUUAGAGUCUAAUGGUAUGGAACAGUACAGAAUUGAAGAAGAGCUGCAGCGUCACAGUGCCAAAAAUAACACUAUUGAUCGUCACUACGCCAACGACGACUCCCGGGUACUAAUGUACGAACUCUCGAAGCCAUCUGAUCCCACCUUAAAUAGAUUGUCUGCCCCUGAAUGUGGUGGCUUGAAGAAGCUUCCCCUAUCCAACUCUCUCACUGAUCUGUGCGAAGCUCCAGGGAUGAGGAGAGGUAGUAGUGGAUGUUCUUUGGACAGUGGGGUGGCAUCAGGAAGCUCUGGUGGUGUCAACAGUAGUGGGGAAUCCCUAGGGGCUCAGCAUCCUCAGCGUUCACCAGCCUCACGAGCACCCUUUCUGUCGUCACAGGAACACCGCGGGGUUCGACCAAGACAUCCUAAAACCUCCGUCGUGUAUCUACAUGGGGCUGGAUCAGUUCCUGAAGGCACUGAGGUGUGAAUGGUCUCCCUUACCAGCUGUCAUACCUUGUUUUCUCUGAGGCUAGCUACUUCAAGCCAAGUAUCAGCGAGAAAGACAGAUCAAGGCUGAAUGUUACAAUCUUGCUAUGUUGAUGGUGUGAUGUCUUAUCAGUGUAAAAUUCCAAUCCUCAACAAUAGAUAGGUAGAAAAUCUCCCUGGGAACACAUAUGAUAAAUGUUUAUCAUUACCAAGCAAAACAAGAAUGGAGAAAAUUAUUUUCUAAUAUGACUCUUUAGGAUGUACUAUGUUCAAGAUGUAUCAAGCAAACUUAUUCUUAUUGAUCAGGAGGUGAUUCUUUGUAAAGUAUGCAUAGAAAGCAUAGGGGCUGAUAUUUGAAAAUAUUAGAAUUUAAAAAACGUUUUGCUACCUUAAAGGGUGGCGUUUCAAUUUACUUUCUAUUUUAUUCAUAAUCUUUUCUUGGAUAAAGUAAAUUGAAUUUAAAUCAAUAUUUAGAUUACUACCGCUGCACAUAUUCUCUACUUUGCCAAAAUCAUUUGUAAUGAUCAUUUGAUUAAAAAAAAAGAAAGUAACAGCUGUCUGUGAUAUGGGCUAGCACUUAUAUGUCAUUAUUAUUAAUGUUUUAAAUUGUCUCAGUAAUUGGUCUGAGGAAUAUACAAUUUUCAUGUACAGAACGUGCCAUGGUCAGUGUCAGUUAGGUGCUUGAAACUUUAUUAAAAGUCGGCACAGAUGAUGUUUGCUAAAGAGCUGAGAGUUUUUUUCUAUAUAAUAUUAACCAACAUCUGUAAAGGUUUUGGAAAUGGUAUUAAAAUCUGAAGUAUUUCUUGUAAACAGAGCAAUUGAAUCAAAAUUUCAAGAUUUGAGUUGUUAACAAAAUUCUGUUGUUUUUAUGAAAAAUAUAUAUGUUAAAUUUAAAAUGACACAUGAGAGGAUGAGGAGGGUAUUUUAUUCUUGAAUAGAGCUUAUUAUAUAAAAUGGAAGAAUUUCUGCUGAAUUGAGAGGAUCCAUUGAGCGAUUGUGAAUAAAUUCCUGGAAGUGUACACAUAUAGAAAACAUUUGACAGGUACCUGGCACUGUUCCUUGGGGAUGGCAUCAUUCUAUACAAGAGAAAGCAAGAUCCACAUUGAAAUGAUGUAACAAUAUUAUAAAAAGUUGAUUAUACAAAAAAAGUAUGUACGUAUCUACAAAAACCUGAUAAUUAAAAUGUGUAUACAGUUUGAUACACAUGUGAUGUAGUUUUAGCCACUCGUUAUCAAUGGUACCUGUCUCUUGCAAAUCUACAGCCUGUUUGUGUUGUCUUGCUCACCAAGGUAUACACGUUUAUCUGACCUUACCUGUCUUUACCUGUGUUGUGUGUAAUCACAAUAGUGCACAGGUGUGUCAAACCUCACAUGUGUUUUCUGUGAUCAGGACGUUGAUUACAGGUAUCUAAACUGUAUUUUCCAUGUUUGUAUUGUCUACAUAAUCAUAAACAACAGGUAUUGUACCUAUAUUUACCUAUUUGGUAUACAGGUACCUACUAUAUGUAAGGGAUGAUUAAUUACCAUGAGUGCUAAAUGAGACAACCCCUUUCACAAAAAUCUCGGACUUGAGGAAGUACUACUACAUGCAGUACUUAAACAGUUAUUGACUGAUACAUGAGCAAACAGUAAGACUCGAUACUUGCGUGGGACCAUGAACUUUGACUCAGACUUUUAGUGCUAUUGUUAAUUGACUCAGAUGUGAGCAUAUAUUGACUCGGAAUGGCAUGAGCCAAGCUAAUGAAUAUUUAGUCUACUUUGAGUCAAGUAUGGAGGCUAUUUUGUCCUGGCCAUGUCAACAGAAAGGAAAGUACUAAAACAGUGUAUAUUUAUUGGGCUUGAUGGCUAACAAAUUAUCCACAUAUUACUGAAUGUUUAAUUUAAUGUAGACCAAUCGUUGCUCGUGAUAAACUGAACAAUAUUUAAGUGUUCUUCUUACUGUUGGAGAAUUUAUAAUGUGUGGAUAGAUCUGACAAGCCAAGGUGGUAAAUUUAGUACAGUUUCAUGAUGAAACAGGGAUGAUGGAUCCUAUACCAUAUAUUAAGUUUUGUAGGUUUGUGAAGAUCUGAGAAAAGAACCUUCGAAUGUUUUUCCUGCUAAUGAUAUUACAUGUAUUUAGAAACUUACGAAAUUCUAUAUUAAGUUAAGGUCAAGUCCGAGAUUCUUUAAUUGGAUUGGUCCACAGAUUCCAGCAUGUGUCAGUGAAACUUGACACUGACAACAUCUGUUUAAUAUAACCGGAUAUCCUAAAAUAUUGGGUUUCAAAGUAAAUCAAACGUGUGUGUAGGAACACAAUGUUUUAACUAUGUUAACUUAUGCAAAUCUGUUAUUGUAAUAAGUUGCUGUUAUUGGCUGGGUACUUGGAUGUCAGUUUGCUGUGUUCGUGUUGAAAUGAAGUGUUGCGAGGUUGAAAAGUGUUUCGUACUAGCUGGUACACUAGAACACACUCUAGUGAAGUGGCGAUUUUUACAAUUCUGAUACCCACAAUAUGUAGCAGACUUUAAACAACGGAUAUGUUGUCUCAUCAAAUGAGGCUUGUAAUUAGUGUAUUCUUGAGCUGUAAACAAAUAUGUCACGUAAAUUAUUCUGUACAUAGAUAUCAGUUGUUUAUAAAGAAUUUGAACAAUGUAGUGUGAAAAUAAGGCGAGACAAUUCUUUAUAACCAAGAAAAAUUGUUCACUAUUAGAACUAGGUAUAAUACAGAUAGAAAUGAUUUUGUGUAAUGAUUUUUUGUUUGAGAAAUAACAUGUACUUUACAAUUGCCUGUAGCUUUACAGAAAGUUAAAAUCUAGUAAAAUCUAGAUAUUUGUGUAAACCACGUUAAGAAUUCGGAGGUAAAUAUACUAUUGUAUAAGACAUGAAACUACCAUGGAGUGCAACCUUCUCCAAACAAACCAAUAACAUGGUUCUGAGGUGAUAGACAAAGCAGACUGUGUUUUGUGUUGAGAUCCAACACAAAUUAACUGUACUAGAUUUUGUUACCUGUGGUAUGUACUGUGAUAGAAGUUUGAAGUGAUCUACUCCAACAUAACAUGAUAUUCAGACAAUUGAGUCCCAUAUCAAUCCUAUAAAAUUUAAUGUGAGACUGUUUAGUGAACAUUUAACUUUUCUGUAAAGCUCUAUGGAAUUAGCUUCUCUGUGUGUGCUGAUGGUAGUUGUACAGGGAGUUAAAAGUUAUUGAUUUCCUGCAGAACUACUUUGUGUGUGAGGCAUGAAAUGUGAAUAUGUACAGAGGACAAAUGUGAAAAGGAAACUCCAAUUGUGUUUUGAGGGAGAAAGACUGUAGUUAAGGAGAGAGACUUUGUGUGAUUUUGGGCUUGUGCAACCAAACUUAUACCCAGUAAAUAGGAACAAUUAUAAAAAUAGUAAGAUAUAUGUACCUUGUAGUGAUUCAUCUUAACUUGAAAAGACAAAUAAUGUGUGAAUUGUGUUUGUGUGGAAGCAAAAUAAUAUAAGACCAAAAUAAUUUGAGCAAUAUUGUUUUUUUCUCACCUUAUAUUUAACAAUAUCAUAUAUUGUUACUUGGUGACCUUGUACAACAAAAGAAAUGAAUUCAUGGUAACUUAAAAAAAAUAAACAAGAAACAAAUCCUA